AUCCUAAUUUCCGGUAAAUAGAUUUUGGCGCUAAAAUUUGUAAACAAAAUUUGAUACAAUGCCAGGAGAAGAAAAAGAGCACGUUUAUGAUGCAGCUUCAUUGCCAGAUUUAUUGCCCAUUUAUUACAAAAGACUUUUUCCUUAUGGACCAUAUUUCAAGUGGCUCAACUAUGGCGGUGUGCCAAAGAACUAUUUUUGCAAUAGAGAAUUUUCCUUCACAUUGAAGGAUGAUGUUUAUAUUAGAUACCAGUCAUUCAGUGAUCAGCAAGAACUGGAGAAAGAAGUACAGAAAAGAUGUCCAUACAAAAUAGAUAUAGGUGCUGUAUUUACACAUAGGCCUAAAGACCAUAAAACAGUGAAGCCCGCAGCAUUUCAAGCUCAAGAGAAAGAACUAGUGUUUGAUAUAGAUAUGACUGAUUAUGAUGAUGUUAGAUUUUGUUGUUCAGGAGCAGAUAUUUGUCCCAAAUGCUGGCCAUUGAUGCAGAUUGCCAUAAAAAUUGUAAACCGAGCAUUAAGAGAGGAUUUUGGUUUUAAGCACCUGUUUUGGGUAUACUCCGGUAGACGUGGUAUCCAUUGCUGGGUAUGUGAUGAAACAGCUAGGAAACUUUCACAGACAGGAAGAUCAGCCAUUGCUGAAUAUUUGAGUAUUGUCAAGGGUGGAGAAAACCAAAUAAAGAAAGUAGCUUUAGAAAGUCCCAUUCAUCCCUCAAUAAGAAAGGCAAUAGAAAUCAUAGAACAAAGAUUUGUUAGUUAUGCUGCAGAUAAACAAGAUUUUCUUGGUGACGAGGAAAAACAGAGAAAGGUCAUGGCUCUAUGUACAGAGGAAGGCUUCAAAGAUAUGUGGGAAAGAAAGGAUGUCUUCAACAGGUUUGAAACAUCAAAUAAAAGAUGGCAAGCACUUUGUAAAAAGAGUGAAGAAACUUUAGAGUCACAGAAAUACCUGAAGGAGGAAGUAAUGCUACAGUACGUUUACCCUCGUCUGGAUGUCAACGUCAGCAAGGGAGUUAAUCAUUUACUAAAAAGUCCAUUCUGUGUUCAUCCAAAAACAGGGCGUGUAUGUGUACCUAUAGAUCCAGACAACAUCGAUAGUUUUGAUCCAUUCAAAGUUCCAACUAUAAGUGCAAUAAUAGAAGAACUCAACACAACAGAAUCGAAAGAUGAGGACGGUAAAAAGAUUAAAGACUACAAGAAGACUUCUCUAGCUGGCAGUAUGGUCGUGUUUGAAAAGUUUUUAACAUCUCUUGAAAAUUCGUGGAAAGGAAAGAAACUGGAGGAAAGUGAUAAGAAGAUGGAAUUCUAGAAAAGAGGAAGAACAUAUAUAGACAUUGUAUAGAUGAUAAGGAUCUAAUAAAUUAUUCAUAUUUAA